AUGGCGGAUCACGAACAUCAAAAACAUAUUUCCGAUUCCGAAGAAGAUUCCAUAAUGGAAGAGAGAGAGGAAAGAGAAGAGAAAGUAGAGAAAGAGGAGAUCGAGGAGAAAGAGGAGAAAGAGGAGAAAGAAGAGAGUGUUGAUCAGAGUUCUGAUCAUGAGAGUGACACCUUCGAGGAUGCCAAUGAUGUUGAAGACAUUGCCGAUACUCUUACCUCCCCAGUUGAAAGGACCAGAUCUUUAACGAAACGAAGAUCAUCAUCUAUUAAGAGCAAUACACAAGAUAGCAGUACCGAUAUCCCAUCAGUCCCAACAGUACCACUUCCAGAAACGCAUGGCGAAACGAAUGACGAACAAAUAGAAUCCGAUAGUCCACCACCUAAAUCUCCCCUUUUAACAUCUCAUCGCAUGUCCGCUACAUCCCUCCAUAAUGUGAAUCUCGAAGACGGUGAUGAUUUUGGAUCGCCUCCACCGCCUCCUCCCCUUUCGAAAGUAGCACCAGAUGAAUCAAGACCUGAUCAACCACCCGAAUUACCUCCAAAGCCCAAUACCGUAACUCCAAUGCAGGGCCUCUCUGGAGCUCUUCCAGAUGUGCCAUUCUCACCGCCCCCUCCUCCUCCUCCUCCUCCUCCCGCACCUGCCAACCUCCCUGCGCCAACACCUGUCACCAGAAAACUAACCAGUCCGUUCUCGUGGCUGUCGAGAAAUACCUCGGCUCCCAAAGAGAACGUCAAGUCACCGCCAUUACCUCCAUCUCAAGCAACUGAGCGUAGACAUACCGCUUCUUCGAUAGCAACCAUUAGCAGUAAUCCCGAAAUGAUGUUAAACAAAUUGGAGGAGGGUAAUGACACAGACGCUGCGAAUGGAGUUAGACGACCUGCGAGGAAUAGUUUAAGGGACAGAUUUAAGCUUGUGAGAAUGCGAGAAGAGGCCGGCAUAACAGAGCUGCCUGAAGAAAAGGAUGAGGCAGGCAAUACAGCAUUUGGGGGUCUCAUCAGGCAAGGUACAAGUCUUGGUUUAGGAUUUGCCGCCUCACACGACGACAAAGACCCCUCUCCCGUAUCUCCCGGUCCGCCUACGAGUCCUAAUCCAGUCAGUGUCAACCCCGCACUAGCCCCCGGUACGGCAUCUGGAGUUUCUGCAGGCCCUUCUGCAAUGGGUGAUCCAGAAGCACCGGUCGAUUGGGAUUUAUGGCAAAACGUUGUCUGGGAAGGGCCAGCUGCAGUUGCAAGAACAAGUGCAGAAGAACUAAAUCACGCUAUUGCAACUGGUAUACCGCAUGCUAUCAGAGGUGUGGUGUGGCAAGUAUUGGCGGAGAGUAAGAAUGAAGAGCUCGAGGUUGUCUAUCGAAAUUUGGUCAAUCGAGGUACAGACAAGGACAAGGACAGGAUGAGUACAUCUAGUGGGGCACAAAGCAAUGGAUCAAUAAAAGAGACUGUGGUUUCAUCAGCAUCAUCAAUACAUUCCGAGAAGUCUACUCCCGCUACAACAAUCACCAAUGGAAUGAGAUCUCCCUCUCCCCCUAGUGAGAAGGAUGUAGCCGUGUCUUUGGCUGAAAAGAAAAGGAAAGCCAAGGAGGAUGCGGCGGCAUUGACCAAACUCGAGAGAGCCAUAAAGCGGGACUUGGGUGCUCGAACAAGUUAUUCGAAAUUCGCUGCAAGUGCUGGACUACAAGAUGGAUUAUUUGGCUUAUGCAAGGCAUAUGCUCUUUAUGAUGAAGGUGUUGGCUAUGCACAAGGCAUGAAUUUCUUAGUUAUGCCUUUGCUUUUUAACAUGCCCGAAGAAGAAGCAUUCUGUCUAUUAGUACGACUUAUGAAUCAGUAUCACCUUCGAGAUCUCUUUAUUCAGGAUAUGCCAGGUCUACAUAAACAUCUUUAUCAGUUUGAGAGAUUAUUGGAAGACUUUGAACCAGCAUUAUAUUGCCAUCUCCAUCGACGUCAAGUCACGCCCCACCUAUAUGCCACGCAAUGGUUUCUAACUCUUUUCGCCUAUCGAUUUCCAUUACAACUUGUGCUUCGAAUUUACGAUCUCAUUUUAAGCGAGGGUCUCGAAGCUAUUCUCAAAUUUGGAAUUGUACUCAUGCAAAAGAAUGCAGCUCAUCUACUCACCCUCAAUGACAUGGCUGCAUUAACUACAUUCCUGAAAGAUCGACUUUUCGAUGUUUACAUUGAUGCUUCUCCUUCCGCAGGAUCAAUUCUGGAAUCUGGUUUCUUUGGAAAUUCAGGAGCAAGUAUUGAUAAGGAAGUUUACCGAGCAGAUCAUAUGAUUCAAGAUGCUUGUGCCGUCAAAAUCACUCCUAAAAUGCUGGAAACUUACGCAUUAGAGUGGGAGGAAAAGACCAAGAUAGAAAAGGAUCGGGAAGCAGAAUUGGAACACCUAAAAUCAACAAAUAUCUCUCUCACACACAAAGUUCGACGUUUAGAAGAAAGAGUCGAAUCUCACGAUACGGAACACGCAGCUUUGGCGACUGAAUUGGUUCGAACUAAAGUCGAAAAUCAAGAGAUUCAUGAAGAAGCCGAAACUCUUAAAGAACAAGUUAAAGAACUGAAAAAUGUAAUUGAUAAGCUACCGGAUGAGAUUGAAGCGAAAUUACAGAGUGAGAUGGAUAGAUUGAUGAAGAGGAAUCAAGAAGUUCAUGAAGAAAAUCAAAAAUUGGAGGAUGAAAUGAAUGAAAUGGAACAAAACUUGGUGGAAACAAAAAUGAAAUAUGCUGAGAUGAAUGCGGCCCAUGAAGCUCUAACUCGUAAAUGGACGGAUUUGAGGAAAGCUUUGGGUGAUUAA